GCUCUAAGCUGAAACCGGUGGAGCCCGGAUUGGUGAGCUCAGCGGUAGAAGCCUACGAAGUGAGGAAGUGCACGGUGUGGUAUUGGGACGCGCCCGCCGUGGGAGCAUGAACACACUUCCGCUGCUGCUGAGUAACCCAUGCUGCAGAGUUAUUAAGGAGUUAAUGAAGCGCUAUAAGCGUGCGUAGGUGCUUAUAAAGGUGCUGGAGCUCGUAUUUGGCGUGUAUUGAUUAUUUUUAUCAACCUCAGCUUUGCAGAAGAAGCGCGAACAGACACCAUGUGCGCGGCUGAAGCUGAAGCUGAAAGCAGCAGCAGCAGUGAAGAUGAAGACACUGAGAAGUUCAGAGAAGCCGUCUGGAGUGGCGCUCACAGCGCGCGCACAGAUGUGGAGAAGAACGGUGCUCCGAGUAAGAGGAUGGACCCGUCCAGGCAUGAAGAAGAUGGAAAUGAGCUCCAGCUCACACCGGAGUUUAAGUCUCAUGUUGCCAAGAAGUUGGGGGCCAUGCUGGACAGUAUAUCAGAAGUGUCUUCUGAGACUCCACAGCCCAAACCUGAAGCAUGUGAAAAUGGAGAUCAUGAUGAUGAUGAUGAUGAUGAUGAAGGUUUCCGACUCUUCUCCACGUCUCUCCCGGGAAGCUGGCGGAAGGAACCGACCCCCCCGCCGGCCCCCAAACGCCCACCAGCCCCCAGCUCCAGUGACAGCGACAGUGAGAUGGAGUCGAGGUUUAGAGAAGCUGCUGUUUCCAUAUCCGACCUCAUCCCUCCAUCCACAGAGAAAAGCACGGAAAAAGAGGGGAUAAACAGCGGAGAAAAGGACGAGGGCAGCAAGGAGGGCGCAGAACUGAAAAUGAAGAAGAAAAAGAAGAAGAAGAAGAAAGCUGCCACAGAGGGAGAGGAGACAUGUUCAAAGGGAAGAGAAGCCGUUGGUCAUGAACAGAGCGCAGAGGAACAUGUGAUGAAGAAGAAGAAGAAGAAAAGGAUCGGAUUGGACGAGGGGGAGUGAAAGA